AUGAGUGACGACGAUGACUCUUUCAUCACUCAGUUUGAGACGACGCUUACCAUCAAGCCACUGAACAACUACUUCGAGCAUAUUGAGCAAUUUCCCGAGGAUGACGAGGAGGAAGACGAUGGCGACAUCAGUUUGCACACCGUUCUCACGUACAAUAAUUACCUGAAGAUUGAUAUUGAUGCAUUGGAGGAAGAAGAAGUGCUUUCCGAGCAGAUUCCGAAGUUCAAUAAGCUGAGGCGGCGAUUGCUGAUGCUUCCCACUCACACCGCCGCCAUUGCAGAAGGCGACGAAACUGAGGAGGAGCCUCAACCUGCCAGACGAAGUGGUAAGGCCCACGUACCGCCAAUUCAGGUUGAUCCUCGCUUUCAAGACAUUCUCAAGCCCAGUCCAUUAAUUGAUUAUCUGCUCUCUCAUUUCAACAAGGCGUUUGGGACGUUUUUGCAACUGAAUCCCCAUAUUCUGAGCGAACUGCCCCGAUUUGGCCACGAGUGGGAUAAAACUAUCAUUGUGCUUUCGCCUUAUAGUGCUGAGCACGCAUUUGGCCGCAAAUGGGUUACCAAGCUGUACUUAUCUACCAUUUUCGAACGUCCCCAACGAUUGUUAGCGCUGCUGAUUGGUGUGGCAGCGGCCGUCACCAUGUUUCCUUUCUACUAUAAGCUCAUAAACCUGAGUAAGCGGGGCUCCAUAUUUAGCGAACAUGUUCUCAAGGUUCAUGGUAAAAAUUGGCCCCGCAAGCUUUUUGAACUUUGCAUUGACUCGCAUGACAAACUCCAGAACAACGAAUUGGAAGUGCCGGAGGACUGGAACACCGGCGACAUUUAUGUCAAUCCGAGGACCAUAAACGCCAUCGAAGGUGUCAUUGGUACCAUUGAAACCACUAUGGAUCGAUUAUACGAACGUAAGGAUGGCCACAAUCACAACUUGGCCUUUUCUAUGAUUCGUCCGCCGGGUCACCACUCGCAUGCCUGCUUACCUCUGGGGUUCUGUUUAUUGAACAACGUCCAUAUUGGUAUUGAGUACGCCCAUGCCACGUAUGGAGUUACCCAUUGCGCUAUCCUUGAUUUUGACCUUCACCACGGUGAUGGCUCUCAGGAUAUUUGUUGGGAGAAGGCUGGAUUUUUCGGUGACUACGGUCAACUGGCGGAAGACGAGAUUGACGACCUUCCCAAACGAGAUCAAUUUGGCAAGCGGCCUCUGCGCGCCCCGAAAGUUGGAUACUUCUCCCUCCAUGAUAUUAAGCUGUACCCUACUGAGUUGGGCUAUGCUACGAAGGAUAACAUCCGGAAUGCUCUGACGUGUAUCAUGGACCACGAUUUAGCCAUAUGGAAUGUUCACUUACAGGAGUGGAGCAGCGAAGAUGAUUUUUACAAAACGUACGCCACAAAGUACGUUCAAAUUCUUAACCGAGCGAAUCAAUUCUUGAAUCAGGCCAAAAAGCAAUAUGAUGCUGACUAUGUGGCCUAUCUCAAAGCUCGCUCCAAAUUUGAAAGAAAUGUAUCUGCUCCUGGUCAUCUGCGGCAUAGCUCACAAGAUCUGGCCGAAAAGAAAAAGCCAACGGCGCCGCCUCCAUUUAAGCCUCUUAUCAUUAUUAGUGCAGGGUUUGACGCUCUGGAAUAUGAAAACCCCGGGAUGCAACGCCAUGGAAUCAAUGUUCCUACGUCAUUCUUUGCCCACUUCACAUACGACGUGGUUAAGCUUGCCAAGCUUCACGCGGGCUGCAAGGUUGCUUCAUUCCUUGAAGGUGGUUACUCUGAUGGUGCCCUAACAACCGGGUUGUUCUCUCACCUCAUUGGACUCAAUAAUGAUGACGAGCUUUUAUGGAACUCGUCUUGGGGUAGUGAACAAGUGAUGAAGGAACUUGUCAAGGGAUGCAAGAAAACAUGGUCUCCGUAUAAGCGCCCACAACAAGAUAUCACUAUCUGGGCCAACGAGGUGAUUAAAUUGGGGCGACUGAUGAUGCCGAACGCUGUGUUACCAGCAUCCUACGUAUACCAAUAUCAAGAUCCUCAUGAAAAACCGCGGCCUCGGAUGGUUAAGGAGCUAGCUAUGCGCAACUUGGCCAAUAUUACCAACCAAGUUGACCCUAACGACGCUCGUAAUAUGGUACGGCAAACCCGGUCAUACAUGAAAAAGAUGAGCGGCAACAACCGGCGAUAG